AUGCGCAACUGGGCCCCGCUCACGGUGGGCUCUGCGCUCGUCCUGGCAUGCACGGUAGCCGGGUGGCCGUCGCUGGCCGAGCCGGCGGCGAACGACAAGCUCCGGCCGCGCCAGUCGUCACAGACGGUGUUCGAGGGCGCGCUGGCCACGCAGAUCCAGGCCUCGCACCAGUCCGCCGAGGCGCUCGUGUACACCUCCGGCAACGGCCAGGCCUACGCAACGCCCUUCGCCGCCCAGCGCAUCGGCACCGACGGCCCCCUGCUGCUCCAGGAUACCCAUCUGGUCGACAACCAGGCCCUCUUCAAUCGCAAAAAUAUCCCCGACCGCGUCGUCCAUGCUCUCGGCGCCGGCGCGCACGGCUUCUUCACCACCACCACCGACUUCGCGCGCCAGUACACGAUGAUGAGUCUUUUCCAACGCGUCGGCCAAACUACGCCGAUCACAAUGCGCUUCUCCAACGCCGGCGGCCAUAAAGGCAGCCCAGACACGGGCCGGAACGUCCGCGGAUUCGCCGUCAAAUUCCGGACUCCGAACGGAAACUGGGACCUUCUCAUGAAUAAUUCUCCCAUCUUCUUUCUUCGAGACCCGGCCAAGUUUCCUGCCCUGAUCCAAGCCGUAGGGGAAAAUCAGCAAACAGGCCGGGCCGAUUCGGAUGCGUUUUUUGAUUUCCUCGGCUCUAAUGGCGAGUCUUUGCCCCAAUACUUGCGCUUCCUGUCGGACGCUGGGACUUCUCAAGGCUGGCUCAAGACCGACGCAUACUCUGGGCACGUCUACAAAUGGGUCAAGCAGGAUGCUUGCCUCUCGUUUCGUCAGAUCGUCUUCAAGAGCUCCCAAGGUGCCGCAAACUACACCGCUGCUGACCAAGCCGGCGUUGGCAAUCCGGCGCAAGCCGCACAGGAUUUGUUCGAAAGUAUCAAGGCCGGUCAGAGGCCCGGAUGGAAAGUAUACGCCCAAGUCAUGACCCCCCAAGAUGCGGAGAAGUUCCGUUACAACGUCUUGGACCUUACAAAGGAAUGGAGAGAGGAUCUUGUGCCCCUGAAUGAGAUCGGAAAAGUCGAGUUAACUCAGAAUCCUACGAACUACUUUGCUGAGGUCGAGCAGGCUGCUUUCACCCCUGGAAACAUCAUCGAUGGAUGGGAGCCCAGCGACGACCCUGUUCUGCAACUGCGUCUCUUUGCUUACACGGAUGCCCAGCGAUACCGGCUCGGAGCAAAUUACCAGCAGAUCCCCGUCAACUGUCCUAUGAACGCCGUUGCCAAUUAUCAGCGUAACGGGGCCGCUUCCUACCUGGGAAACCAAGGAAGUCGUCCGGCCUUUGAUGCGAGUUACGCGCAUCUGGCGGUGGCCCCACGAGCCUACAAUAACGACAACCACACCAUCUGGAAAAGCGGCGCCAUUCGAUACCUCAGUCAGGUUUCUGCAGUCGACUUCGAACAGCCGAGGUAUUUUUACGACAACUUGUCUCCGGAUCAAAAGCAAAGUCUCGUAGGGAACUUUGCGGGCGGUUUGUCCCAGGUCAAGAACCCUAGCGUCGUCAACAGAGCCCUGCAAGUCGUCCAACAAGCUAGUCCUGAGCUCGCCCAAAGGGUCUACUUCGCCAUGUCCGCUUAUCGGGCUCAAUCUAGCUAA